CUUUUACAUGUGGCCGCAAUGGCUACUGGGAGUUGUAGUUCUUUACCCUAUCCCUGACCCUCCUGUUUCCGGUGCCGUCACGGGACAGAGCGGUCGGUGACAGCCCCAAGGGCCCCCACCCCGCGCCCAUGGCCGAGCCGGACCCCUCUGACCCUCUGGAGACCCAGGCAGGGAAGGUGCAGGAGGCUCAGGACACAGACUCUGACCCUGAGGAAGGCGCAUCCGAGGAAGGCGCAUCUGGAGGAGAGGCAGAAAUGAACUUCCUGAGGAACUUCUUCUCCCAGACCUUGGGCCUGGGCUCCCAGAAGGAGCGUCUGCUGGACGAGCUCACUCUGGAAGGGGUGGCCCGCUACCUGCAGAGCGAGCGCUGUCGCAGGGUCAUCUGUUUGGUGGGAGCUGGCAUCUCCACAUCGGCCGGCAUCCCUGACUUCCGCUCUCCAAACACCGGCCUCUAUGCCAACCUGGAGAAGUACCACCUUCCCUAUCCCGAGGCCAUUUUUGAGAUUACCUAUUUCAAGAAACAUCCAGAACCAUUCUUUACCCUCGCCAAGGAAUUGUUUCCUGGACAGUUCAAGCCGACCGUCUGUCACUACUUCAUCCGCCUGCUGAAGGAGAAAGGGCUGCUCCUGCGCUGCUACACGCAGAACAUCGACACCCUGGAGCGCGUGGCCGGCCUGGAGCCUGAGGACCUGGUGGAGGCCCACGGCACCUUCUACACGUCACACUGUACCAGCCCGCUCUGCCGGCACGAGUACACGCUGGACUGGAUAAAAGAGAAGCUCUUCUCAGAUGUGACCCCCAAGUGCGAGAAAUGUCAGAGCGUGGUAAAGCCUGACAUCAUCUUUUUUGGUGAGAACCUUCCAGCGAGGUUCUUCUCCUACAUGCAGUCAGACUUCCGGAAGGUGGACCUCCUCAUCAUCAUGGGCACCUCCCUGCAAGUGCAGCCCUUUGCCUCUCUCAUUGGCAAGGCACCGCUGUCCACCCCACGCCUGCUCAUCAACAAGGAGAAGGCGGGCCAGACGGACCCCUUCCUAGGAAUGAUGAUGGGCCUUGGAGGAGGCAUGGACUUUGACUCCAAGAAGGCCUACAGGGACGUAGCCUGGCUGGGUGACUGUGACCAGGGCUGCCUGGCCCUCGCUGACCUCCUUGGAUGGAAGAAGGAGCUGGAAGACCUAGUCCGAAAGGAGCACGCCAGCAUAGAUGCCCAGUCGGGGUCCAGCACUUCCAACCCCAGCACUACAACCUCCCCCAGGAAGUCUCCGCCUCCUGCCAAGGCAGACGCCAGGACCACAGAGGGGGAGAAGCCCCAGUGACAGCCCACCUCCCCAGCAGGACACCUAGCUGCUCUGGGACGGCAGAGCCCCAACCCAUACCAGCCCCCCUAACCUGGAGUCCUUGUCUGAAGAGCUCAGUCCAUCCCUUCAGGCUCUAAACCACUCUCUCCUGAAACUGGGGCCCCAGCUGCUCCACACUGGACCCCAGCAAGUCUCUAACAUCCCCUAGGGGCCAAGGCCUGAGCAGCCUGUCUCUAACAGCCCCGGUCUCUAACCAUCCCAGAGGUAAGAAGCUACCUCCCUUAAUCUCUAACUGCUCCCAGGGACACCCUAAAACUCCUGUCACAGGACAAGGGGUUGAGGGCCCCCUACUCUCUCUACUGUCCCAAGGGCCUGUGGCCAAGUGGACUAAAUCUAACCUACCCCAUAUGGGGUGUUGGCCCGCAAAGUACAACACCCCAUGGGUGUGGGGAGCAUUCUGAGCCUGAAGGUCUUCCAAGGCUCUGCCACCAUCACCCCAGAUGGGUGCUGGGCCCCUUUCCCUUGGGACCUACUUCCCACGUGGGGUGGGCAGAAGACAUUGCUUAUUGGAGAUAAAUUAAAAACAAAAAACCAACUAA